AUGGCUAUCGCUACCAGAAGUUGUAAGAUUCUUAUUGACCCAAUUUCUACAGGCACUAAACAUGAGCAUGUAUUGGAGAAAGCUAGAAGAGAGGAGGAUGAAGAUGAGCAAGUAGAUGACUUGGAUGAUGCUCAACUAAUAGCCAAACUAGCAGGAGCGGAAGAAAAAGAGGUUGAGGGAACUUUGCCUUUACAGCAAAUCCCAAGACCACCUUCUCCUUUCCCUCAAAGGCUUAAAAAGAAAGUCGAAGAUGGGAAAUUUGCUAAGUUCAUCACCAUGCUGCGACAACUGUCAGUAAACAUCCCACUGAUGGAAACACUAGAACAAAUGCCAAGAUAUGCCAAGUUCAUGAAGGACUUGGUCACAAAGAAAAGAGCUGUAAGUAUUGAUUUAACUGACAAUGUUCAUCACUGCAGUGCUAUUGCUACCAGAUCUCUGGUACAUAAGAAGGAGGAUCUGGGUGCAUUCACUAUACCGUGCACUAUUGGAUCAAUUGAAUUUGCAAAGGCCUUUGGUGAUCUAGGGGCUAGUAUAAACUUGAUGCCACUGGCCAUUUAUAACCAACUGGGGUUAGGAGUUCCAAAACCCACAGCCAUGAGGUUGAUGCUGGUAGAUAGGUCAGUGAAGCGACCUAUGGGCAUCCUAUGUGAUGUACUCGUAAAGGUGGACACGUUCAUCUUUCUGGCAGACUUUGUGAUCUUAGAUUGCGAAGUGGAUUUCGAGGUUCCCAUUAUUUUGGGAAGACCAUUUCUGGCCACGAGACGAGCAUUGGUAGAUGCUGAGCGUGGAGAACUAAAGUUCAGACUCAACAAAGAAGAGGUAAAGUUUAAUAUUUGCAGGUCCAUGAAAUAG